UACUCCUUCUUCAACCUAAACUGUUCCAUCAUCAACAAUGGCGAACACCAAUUCUCUGAAGAUGAAAAAACAGCUUCAUAUUCUUAUGGCGAUAUGCCUCAUCGUCGCCAUGCUAUUCUCCCCAAACUUCAUGCAUUCUUCUGAAGCUUCUCGCCGCCGGCAGCUGACCCAACGACCUCCAGGAUUGGCCUUCGCGCCACCUCUGUGCCCAAUUUGCCCCUGUUGCCGCGCCGACCCGGACGGCGUCUGCUGCAAAAACUGCUGCUGAUUGCAUGUUAAUGGCGAGAUUAUUGGAAGUUUGAUCGAUGGGUUUACUAAUUAUAAAGGCCUUGACAUGAAGUUGAAG